AUGACUGCUAAGGAACUGUUUGAGGCAAAAGAAGAUGGGAUUGGUCCCCCUGCAUUACAGGAAUUCACCGUGGAGACCAGCAGACAGGAAAAAGAGGAGUGGGAGAAAGCAAAUCAGGAUCACUGCGGACUCCUGAGCACAGCUUGCUGCCGACACCUAACUGCGGGCAUCCUCACCCAGCCUCAGCAAGCUGCCAUGGCGAAGCCCAGCGCUCUCGCGGUGGAAGUCAGAGGCAGCCUAGGGUGUGACCUUCACUGUCCAAGCUUCAAAAAAGCCCUGUAUAAACCUGAUAAUAAGCUUAGAUUGCAGAAUGAUCUGUGCUCUGGACACAACAACGUCAAGCACACAGCUGUAGGUUCACAAAACCCGAGGCGGAAGACUUCCUGCACCUUCCCGCUAGGGCGCAGGGCACAGCUCGCGGGCACCCCAAGCCCCCCGCACCCCCGGGCCCCGCCCGGCUCGCCCCCGCCCCUACCCGGUGACGUGCCGCAGCCGGCUGCGCUCAUGCGCACUCGCGCCCCGCGCCCGCACGGCUGCUCCGCCUCGGAGGUUGUCAUUCUCCGCGGCGCGGCGGCGAGUGCGGACUGCGUGCUCGCCCGCCCGCUCGCCUGCCCGCACGCCGGCGAUGUGACCGACAGCCCGAGAGCGGGCUGGAGGCUCUGCUGGCAACAGCGCCUCGGCUUUUCUCUUGCCGCAUUUCUGGUUGAGUCGCCAUUCCCACGGAUCCCGAUACACGCACCGGGGUCUCGGAGCGCCACACUCCGGGGUCGGCAGCGGCUGCAGCGCUCAGUUCGCGCGGCCGGGUGCAGCCACAGUGGGCGCCGCCGCCCGGCGGUGCACUCUGGCAAGUGCCCGGCGCCUGUGGGCACCGCGGAACCGAGGUGGCUGGUGGAGCGGCAGCUCGGAUCUCUGCCCCCGCCACCGCCCGGGCAGUGCGGGGCCGGGGACUGCGCACAGCCGGAGCGCGGUUCCCCAAGAAGGCUCCCUGUCUCCUGCAUGCCAGGUGCCUGCAGCUUCUGGUCAAGUGGAGGUUGAGCCAACUCACCCAAA